AUGGAUUUUGAUGACGAUGCCCCGCCAGAGCUGGUUGAUAUAACCACCAACGACGUGGAUGAGGAGAUUACAGUCAAGGUUCCCAUCACAAUUGUGACAGGAUAUCUCGGUGCUGGUAAAACCACUUUGCUAAAUUACAUCCUUACGGCUCAACAUGGCAAGAAGAUCGCUGUCAUCAUGAAUGAAUUUGGAGACUCGCUCGACAUUGAAAAGUCCCUUACUGUGAACAAGGGUGGUGAGCAAGUUGAAGAAUGGUUAGAAGUUGGCAAUGGCUGUAUCUGCUGUUCCGUAAAGGAUACAGGAGUCAAUGCGAUAGAGUCUCUCAUGUCAAAGAAAGGUGCAUUUGACUACAUCCUCCUCGAAACCACUGGCUUAGCCGACCCCGGAAACCUAGCCCCCCUCUUCUGGGUAGACGACGGACUCGGAAGCACAAUUUAUUUGGAUGGAAUAGUCACGCUCGUAGAUGCGAAGAAUAUCUUGCGCAGUCUUGACGACCCCAAUGGUGUUGUCGAAGGACACGACGACCACAGUCAUGGCCCUGUCAUGACUACAGCACAUGUUCAGAUCUCCCAUGCUGAUGUGAUCGUAAUCAACAAGGCCGACAUGGUUACAGAGACGGAACUCAACCGGGUCAAAGCAAGAAUCCAGUCAAUCAACGGUCUUGCUAAGAUCCAUGUAACGGAGAGGAGUGUAGUCCCUCAAUUGGAGGGGUUCCUGCUUGAUUUGCACGCAUAUGACCAAUUCAAUGAGUCAGACGCAAAUGCUAAGGGACAUAGUCACCUCGACCCUACCAUAUCGACCGUCACCAUACCCGUUGGCUGCCUUGAGCCAGGACAACUGGACACAGUUGAUCGUUGGUUACGAUCGGUACUAUGGGACAGUAAACUUCCUGAAGAAGAAAAGGAGAGUGAUUUCGAGAUUCAUCGGUCCAAGGGACGGCUUGUGUUUGCUAAUGGGGAGGUCAAGAUGUUGCAGGGGGUGAGGGAGGUCUUUGAGAUAAAUGACGGGCCGUUGGGAGACGAAACGCCCAAGGAGGGGAAGAUUAUUCUGAUUGGAAGGAAUGUAGCAGGUGUUGGAUUUGAAGACAGCUUCAAAAAAGCCCUGAGCUAG